AUGAAUGUUAAUAAUUUAUAUAAUAUAAAUGGAAUGGAUUUAACUUGUGGAGUUCAUGGUAGUUGUCGAAAUACUUUUAAUGAUUUUGAAUGUAAUUGUGAGCCUGGAUGGAUGGGAAUUUUCUGUGAGAUACAAGAUUUUUGUUUUAACGCUUCUUUAAUUUGCCCGAAUGGUUCUAAAUGUGAAAAUAUUGUUGGAGGGGGCGGUUUUGUUUGUACAUCAACUGCCACGUACAUUUAA